CAACCGCGAGCUGUGUACGAGGAAUAAGGCAGAGGGGAGCCUUUUUGGAAAUAGGAUUCCAUUAAAUAAAGCGCGUCCCGGUUAUCAGUUUGGAGACGACGGAGGGCGUGAAGCGGCCGAAAUGCGGCGUGUCGCAGGCGCGAAACGACAGCCAGCUAUAAACUGCCACAGUACGUCUGUAAUCAUGACAGCGGAGGAGACCAUCAACAUCAAGGAGGCAGAGGUGGUCAAGCUGAUACUGGACUUCCUCAACUCCAGGAGGCUGCACAUCAGCAUGCUGGCUUUGGAGAAAGAGAGUGGCAUUAUUAAUGGACUCUACUCUGAUGACAUGCUCUUUCUCAGGCAACUCAUUCUGGAUGGCCAGUGGGAGGAGGUGAUGCAGUUCAUUCAGCCUUUAGAAGGAAUGGACAAGUUUGAUAGGAAAAGGUUUCGUUACAUCAUCCUGAAGCAGAAGUUUCUGGAAGCUUUGUGUGUAAAUAACGCCAUAUCAGCAGCUGAAGAUCCUCAUAAUCUGGAGCUCACCAUGCAACAAGCGGUCAAGUGUCUCCACAGUCUGGAGGACUUCUGCCCGACCAAAGACGACUACAGCAAGUUGUGCCUCCUGCUCACCCUGCCUCGUCUGACCCACCACGCAGAGUUCAAAGACUGGAACCCGAGCACAGCUCGUGUUCACUGCUUCGAGGAGGCCUGUGCAAUGGUGGCCGAGUUCAUCCCCGCGGACAGGAAGCUGAGCGAAGCAGGUUUCAGAGCAAGCGGGAACCGCCUCUUUCAACUACUCAUCAAAGGACUCCUUUAUGAGUGUUGCGUUGAGUUCUGUCAGAGUAAAGCCACGGGGGAGGAGAUCAGAGAGGGCGAGGUGUUGCUGGGCUUGGACUUGUUGUGCGGGAAUGGCUGCGAUGAGCUGGACUUGUCACUGCUCUCCUGGCUGCAGAACCUCUCCUCAGCUGCCUUCACCUGCGCCUUCCAGCAGCAGACCCUGAACAUCCAGGUGGACCGCCUGGUGAAGCCCAGCAAGGCUGGGCACGCCGACCUUCUCACCCCGUUGAUCAACCGUCUGUCCCCCUGUCCCACCUCCCCGUUUCGUCAGCGACCCCAUUCGGCCGACACCUACAUGUCCAGAUCCCUCAACCCAGCGCUGGACGGCCUGUCCCAUGGUUUGGCAGCGCAGGAUAAGCGAGGCAUGGAGGCCAACGUGAAGUCUAAUCUCAGUCGGAGUCUCGUGGAGAACAAUGUCCAUCAUGAGGAUGAUUCACCAGAGAGGAAGCAUCCACCAGAGGGGCUGGAUGGGCCCAAUGCAACCCGUACACCUUUAACUCCUGGAAAAGAUGGCGGACCACCCUGCAGUGCAGACACACACGAGCGUCGUGACUCUACAGAACACAUCCAGGAAUACUACAGGCAGCGUCUUCGCGUGCAGCAGCACCUGGAGCAGAAGCAGCAGCAGAAGCAGCUUUAUCAGCAGAUGCUGCUCGAAGGAGGGGUGAAGCCUCACGAUGGAACUCAGCACAACCUCACAGAGACGUUUCUCAGCAGAUCCAUUCAGAAGCUGGAGGAGAUGAACGUCAGCAUUGACCACAAAGCAGAUGAAGUGAUGGGCCACUUGGGCCAGCCCUGGACGGGGCUGUCAGGAAACAACGGCACCUGUAGCCCAAGGAUGACAGACACAUCCCAAACAGCAGCAAAAGGGCAGUCGAGGGACAAGCCAGCUGGCGUUAGCUCUAACAGCGAGCCCACCGUUCGCACCAGUCAGAGGUUAGAGCUCACCAAAUGUCUGCACAGUGCUGAAAGAAUCAAAGAGUCUGGUCCCACGCUCCAAGAUGGCGUUGGCUCCUCUACAACACGUAACACACAUGAGCCCGGCAAGUCAAAAGCACAGUUUGUGAAGGUGAGCCAGCUGGAGGACUCACAGGCCGUGCGUGCGGUGGCUUUCCAUCCGUCAGGGGCACUCUAUGCUGUCGGCUCCAACUCAAAAACACUCAGAGUGUGCGCCUACCCAGAAACACUGACCACCAAUGGUUCUGGUGCCGUCAAGCAGCCCAUGGUGCGUUUCAGAAGGAACAAACAUCACAAAGGGUCAAUCUACUGCGUGGCCUGGAGCCAGUGUGGACAGCUGUUGGCGACUGGCUCCAAUGAUAAAUAUGUUAAGGUUUUGCCUUUCAAUGCAGACAGCUGCAAUGCUACAGGCCCAGACCUUGAGUUCAGCAUGCACGAUGGCACCAUAAGGGACUUGGCUUUCAUGGAGGGCCCUGAGAGUGGCGGAUCCAUUUUGAUCAGUGCUGGGGCUGGGGACUGCAACAUCUACACCACCGACUGUCAGAGAGGACAAGGCCUUCAUGCCCUGAGUGGACACACAGGGCAUAUUCUGACUCUGUACACAUGGGGAGGUUGGAUGAUCGCCUCAGGGUCUCAGGACAAGACGGUCCGGUUCUGGGACUUGCGGGUUCCCAGCUGCGUUCGGGUGCUGGGCACGACUCUGCACGGCUCAGGAAGUGCAGUAGCGUCAGUGUGUGUGGAUCCCAGCGGCCGCUUGCUGGCCACUGGUCAAGAAGACAGCACCUGCAUGUUGUACGACAUUCGAGGGGGCCGCAUAGUCCAGACAUGCCGCCCCCAUAGCAGUGACAUUCGCUCCGUGCGCUUCUCACCUGGAGCACAUCAUCUCCUCACUGGUUCCUAUGACAACAGGAUCCUCAUCAGUGACCUUCAAGGUGAUCUGACAAAGCCCCUCCCUCAGACAUUGGCUGGAGAGCACUGGGACAAAGUCAUCCAGUGCAGGUGGCAUCCACAUGACCGGGCCUUCCUCUCCUCUUCUGCUGAUCGGACUGUUGUGCUCUGGGCUCCGGGCCCCUGAGAAUUCAAAAUACUGCCAUUAACAACAAGAGCAGCAGUGAGUGGAAGAGCGGUGUACACAUUCAUCUCAGCAUGGCAUCACCAAGUGCUGUUAGGGGUGUGUGUUCCUGUGUGUAUUGCCAAGCAUAUGUAGUGUAUAGAAUCUGUGUGGCAAGUCCAUUCUUGUGGCAUCAGUCACUUGAAAGUGUGUGUGUCCGUGUGUGUGUGUACGUGUGUUUGAACACCACUUUGUAGCGUUAGCAUGUUGUUGUGCGCGUUUGCAAACAAACAUGAUACUGUAAUAGACUGUGUGUGUUUGGUUUUACAGUUUUACUGUAAGUAAAGCUCGAUGUGAUACAUUUUAGUGGUUCAGAGAGGGAGCUGUGUGGCUACAAAAGUCUAAACAAAAUGGUAGAUAUAAAAAAUACUUUUUUCUCCCUGUAACACAUAGAUAAAUUUGAGUUUGCCAUGGUGAAAACAAGACACAAAAAAGUCUGAUUUAUGGAAUGAUUAGCGCUU